AUGGCACGUGAUGCGGACCGAGCGCGUGCGCUGCUCGCCUUCUCGAAAAGCUUCAAGAAGGUACGGCGUGCGCGCACAGCGGCUCCGCGACGUCGCCGACGGCGACGAACGAAGUUCAAACGUUCGAAAUCAUGUCCAGAACUCCGAGAAAUAGGCCGGAUACUUCCGGCGCGGCAACGUAGCGUCUCAGUGCAGUAUGAGACCAGCACAAGUGCCACCAAGUCGCGACAUCAACCGCGGCCUAAGGUACUACUCACGGACGUGUACAGGAAUCGCCGAUUUCUGUCGACCGUACUCGAUGGAAAUGGUUCGGCAGCGGCGAACGCGUUCUACAAGAGCAUCGAUGCGGCUCCCAACAUGAAUGUGGCCAGGACGAAGACGAGUAUACCACUCGUCUCGGAACUUGUGUUGAAGGUAGGAAAUCCAUCAUCAUUUCGUAUGCGGUAA